AUGGGAAAGAAGAGUGGCUCGUCCAUAGCUUCUGGAUUGGGUCUUGCUCCUCUCGCCGCCGUCAAGUCUCUGUUUCAACCAAUCGAGAGUACAGCUUCAUCUGUUAUUCUGGUGGUCAACUCCACCGUAGCGGCUGCGCUUCCGUUUCUUCCCUACGACAUCAUAGACAAAAACCGAGUACCCACAAUGUUCUUUAAGGGCCGUCCCCCUACCUUUCACGUUUUCAUCAUCUCAAUCAUGUUCGCCUUCUCUGGCUCCUUCAGCUCGUUGUUUCUCCUCAACGGGACCAAGUUGGCACGUAUUUGUCUGUUUUAUUCUAUGGUUUCGGCGGUGGCCGCAUUUUUAAUUAUGAUGAUGCCUAAAAAGGACCGCCAGCCGGUGGAUGUCGACGUGGGGGAGACGAAGGGUAGAAAUUUUGCCUUUGAGCUGUCCAAUAUUUACAACAAUGCAAUUGACAUUUUGGGACUGAGCUAA